CACAUUCACACAUGGGAGUUGUAACUGUUGGUGAAUUGAAGCCUAGCGUUUCAGGAAAAAGGACUUUUCGUCCAAGUUCAAGCAUAAGACAAACAGCUGAAUGGCCAAUAUCUGACGUCUCUAGUGAUCUUACCAUUGAAGUAGGAACAUCAACCUUUGCACUUCACAAGUUUCCUCUUGUUUCCCGGAGUGGAAGAAUUCGGAAGCUGGUCUUAGAAGCAAAAGAUUCAAAAGUUUCACGCGUAAGUCUCCCAAGUGUGCCAGGUGGUGCAGAGGCAUUUGAGCUUGCUGCCAAAUUCUGCUAUGGAAUCAAUGUUGACUUCACACUCUCAAAUGUUGCUUUGCUACGUUGCACAGCUCAUUUUCUUGAAAUGACAGAAGAACUUGCAGAAAAAAACUUAGAGUCUAGAGCUGAAUCAUAUCUAAGGGACACAGUGCUCCCUAAUAUACCAAACACCAUACAUGUUCUUCACUGUUGUGAGACUCUUCUUCCCAUGUCAGAAGAAAUAAACCUUGUCAAUAAGCUAAUCAUUGCAAUUGCAAAUAACGCAUGCAAAGAGCAACUUACAUCUGGUUUACUAAAACUUGAUCACACUUUCCCUUCUAAAUCUAUACCAACCAUGGAACCAGAAACACCCUCAGAUUGGUGGGGCAAGUCUUUCAAUGUUCUUAGUCUUGAGUUCUUCCAACGAGUUGUAUCUGUUGUGAAGUCAAAGGGACUAAAACAAGACAUGAUCAGCAAGAUUUUGAUGAACUAUGCACAUAGUUCCCUUCAAGGGAUUGGUGUUAGAGAUCCUCAAGUGGUCAAAGGAAGUCUAAUUGACAUGGAACAACAGAAGAAACAAAGGAUCAUUGUUGAAACCAUAGUUGGCUUACUCCCAACUCAAUCAAGAAAAAGUCCGGUUCCAAUGGCAUUUCUCUCUAGUUUAUUGAAAGCUGCAAUAGCAACAUCAGCUUCAACUCCUUGCAAAUCUGAUUUGGAGAGGCGAAUUGGUCUACAACUUGACCAGGCAAUUCUUGAAGACAUCUUGAUUCCAACAAACUCACCUCCAAAUACCCUCGUCACAAUGUAUGACACAGAUUCAGUUCUGAGGAUCUUUUCUAUUUUCCUUAACUUGGAUGAGGAGGAUGGCGAAGACAGUGAUAACUUUGUUGAUGAAAGCCAAAUGGUGUAUGACUUUGACAGUCCUGGAUCUCCAAAACAAAGCUCAAUUCUUAAGGUAUCUAAAUUACUGGACAAUUACCUCGCUGAAGUAGCGCUAGACUCAAACUUGUUGCCAUCAAAAUUCAUAGCACUUGCAGAGCUACUCCCAGAUCAUGCACGUAUUGUGAGUGAUGGACUCUAUCGAGCCGUUGAUAUCUUCCUUAAGGUUCAUCCAAACGUGAAGGAGACAGACAGGUACAGGCUGUGCAAAACCAUUGAUUGUCAGAAACUGUCUCAAGAAGCAUGCAGUCAUGCAGCUCAGAAUGAAAGGCUACCAGUGCAAAUGGCAGUUCAAGUUCUUUACUUUGAGCAAAUAAGGCUUCGCAAUGCCAUGAAUGGAGGGCACAACCAAUUCUUCUUUGGUCAAUUCCCUCAACGUUCUGGCAGUGGCGCAGGGAGUGGAGCCAUUUCCCCUAGAGAUAACUAUGCAUCAGUGAGAAGAGAGAACCGAGAGCUGAAGCUUGAAGUUGCAAGAAUGAGAAUGAGGCUCACUGAUUUGGAGAAAGACCAUGUUUCUAUGAAGCAGGAGCUUGUUAAGUCUCACCCUGCCAACAAGCUCUUCAAAUCAUUCACCAAAAAACUAAGCAAACUCAAUACCCUAUUUCGGAUAAAUAGUAUUAAGCCAACUGGGGGCAAAGCUAGUUCUGAAACUCGCUUCCCUUUUCCAAAGCGAAGGCGCCACUCAGUUUCAUGA